GAUCAAAAUCUAGGAGAUAUUUUAAGCACAAUUUAAUUUAAUUUAAAUAAUCAUUUUAAUCAUUAUUUUUAGAUCAAUUACAAUACCAUGCUAUAUAAACAUGUACAGUGUAAUUUAAAUCAAAAUUGACUUGUAAAAGAGAUUCUGUUGUACCUGCUUCGUGCCACUUCCCAUUUUGGAAAGUAGGAUCUGUGAAUAUCAGCAUAUCACCGAAUUUCUCAUAAAAACGAGGCAGCUCUCCUGUCAGACUUUCGGUCCAGAGCUUUUUGCUGAGCAUGAAUCCCCUGAUUUUCUCCUGGUUUUCGAUCUGUCUUUUUGACAUUUUUUCUCCAAAUGGAAAAUGCACGUGGAAACGAGUAUGAUAACCUUCGCCAAUAGACAAGCAAACUAUUGAUACCGGAUAAAAUGGGAGAGAGCGGAGAUCCUUAUUUUGUACCGACCAGGUCUAGUGUUAGGGGGGUUAAGCACGAAGUAGUCGUUUUCAGCGAGAAGAGGCAUGAAAAGAAACCCGUCGUUGCUGCUGAAAAGUCGAACAUUAAGGAGCUCGACAUGAAACAGGCGAGGUUCGAAAUAUACAAGUUUGCCCAGACCGGCCUCACAAACCCCGACAAGCACAAGUCAAACAAGGAGCUCGCCCUGGCCCUGGGCGCCGUACCGCCGAAAAACAAGUAUCUCAACUACAAGAAACUCAAGGAAGAGCGAAAGAGGGAAAAGGAAGAGAAGAACAAGAAGAAAGACCUGUUUCUGCUUGGCAAGCAAUUCCGACCGGAUCGCUACGACAGGAAGCGUACUGAUAGUAAGGCAGUCUUGAAGCAAAAGCGGAAAAUUGGAAGUGGAAUUCUUAAUGUGUACGGCACUGUCUUGACCUCCAAAGUGUUCAUCUGCAGCAUACAGCCAAUUAUUAGUCGAGUACACAUUGGAAUUUGACAAUAUUUAAAUAGUUGGAUAAAAUGGGGAUUUGUCAAAG